AAGCAUCCCACAAACCCUAAUUUUCCCUCUUAUUCUCCCUGCUCUUCCUUGCGUGAGAUCUACACUUUCUCAGACUCGAUCCCUACCAUGGCUGCCUCUACAUCGCAACUGGAAGAUACUACCCGUGAGAUUAUAGAAGGUACUUCCAUACUCAACAUCGACGAUACUUCCAUACUCAACAUCGACGAUGUGAUGACAUCGCAACUGGAAGAUACGAUCGAGAAGUUAAAGAAAGUGGUGAGGAGUUUGGAAGAGAUAAAUAGAAAUUCAACCAUGGCCUCACUCACAUAUAAGCUUUACCGUUUUAUACUGGAGAAAGAAGAUGAGGCUGCCGCCGAACUCAACGCUGUGGACACAGACUCUAUCGAGACAAAGCUGGUGAAACUAGAAAACAAACAGAGAUAUAUCCGUGAAGUUGAAGACAACCCGAUCGACAUCCGUAGUUUGUACAGGCCUAAACUUGUUAAGCUUUUAAAGGAGAGAGGGUUUACACCAUUCCCAUCUGAAGAUAAGCCUUUCUCACACUAUGACUACCUAGAUGUUGCUUUACAUAUGGAAUUACCUAUUCAAAAAUACGAGGAGCUAUGCGAUCAAAAAAAUGUGUUGCAAGACAUAGUUUCUAUUUUGAAGAGGAUUAUUGAUGCCUAUCAACAUUAACUAAUCUGCGGAUUUGGUUCAAGAUUGGUCAACUAGUUUUUUUUUUCUUUUAUGAAAGCUGCAGUCUCUCAAUUGCUAUGGAAAGAUCAAAAUAGUAGUUACAAUUCUGCAUUGUAACACGAAUGUUUUCUUCUUUUAGCUUUCAGUUUUUGUGUGUUGCAAACUCUUUUGUUAAAUUUUUAUGGUUUCUUAACUCGUUUGUCAUCAUUUUCUU